AAACUCUCUCCAUUCCGUUGCAUUCUGAUCGGAAAAAUCGUUUCUUCUUUGUGAAUCUCUCAUUGGCAUCCUUGCGAAUCUCUCAUCUCAGAUUUCCAUUCAUACGAAGUAUGUUUUUUGUGAGGGAGAAAUCGGCGGUUUCAGACAUGGCGGCGACUCGUGAAGACAGCGUUUACAUGGCGAAGCUGGCGGAGCAGGCAGAGAGGUACGAUGAGAUGGUGGAGUUCAUGGAGAAGGUUUCGUCUUCCCUGGCUGAGUCCGAGGAAUUGACAGUGGAGGAGCGCAACCUCCUCUCCGUCGCCUACAAAAACGUUAUCGGCGCUCGCCGAGCUUCCUGGCGGAUCAUCUCCUCCAUCGAGCAGAAGGAGUCGUCCAAGGGAAACGAGGACCAUGUCAACUCAAUCCGCGACUACAGAUCUAAGAUCGAGAGAGAGCUCGCCGGGAUCUGCCACGGAAUUCUCCACCUCCUUGAUUCCAGCCUCAUUCCCUCCGCCUCCGCCGGCGAUUCCAAAGUCUUCUACCUCAAGAUGAAGGGAGACUACCACCGCUACCUCGCCGAGUUCAAGACCGGCGCCGAACGUAAGGACGCCGCUGAAAGCACUCUCUCCGCCUACAAAUCCGCUCAGGACAUUGCAAGUGCUGAGCUUGCACCAACGCACCCGAUACGCCUCGGACUGGCUCUGAACUUCUCCGUGUUCUACUACGAGAUUUUGAACUCCCCGGACCGUGCAUGUAGUCUUGCAAAACAGGCCUUUGAUGAAGCCAUUGCGGAGUUGGACACACUGGGAGAGGAAUCAUACAAAGAUAGCACCUUGAUCAUGCAACUUCUUCGUGACAACCUCACUCUAUGGACUUCUGACAUGCAGGAUGAUGGAGGUGAUGACAUCAAAGACGCUCCUCCCGCUAAGAAAGAAGAAGGAGAGCAACAUUGAUCGAGCUCGAUCAGCUAGUAUAGCUGCAGGGUUUUUGCUAGAUUUUUUUUCUUCAAUUUGUCCUCUGUUGGUUCCCUUUUAACUAGGCUUUUACUAUCUCUUCCUCGAUCUUCCUUUUUUCUUUCUAAUGUGACUAUUGCACAAUAUGAUGUAUGAAGUCUUUUAACCAGUAUUCCUUGGUUGGGAGUUAGGUACAAAUUUCUAUGCAUCCUUAAAUUAAUUUACCAAUUGUAGAGGAUGUCAUUUGUGUAGAGUUCUCAACGAAUGAACUCUACUCCUGAUA